GGAAAAGCGGUCCCCCGAAGGAUCGCACUGUCGCCAAACACUCUGAUGCUGGAUCAGCGGAAAAUUCAUCCUCAGAAUUCUACACUCGAAAGGAACAAAACUCGGUCUAAGGUUUUGUGUGUUAGCAACAUUUAGUGACAUAGUGAGUAGGGGACAGAGAGGGAAAGUGUACCAAAGAGUUGGUUCCAUUUCCAUCCCAGCGGCCCCGAACCGAAACCCAUUCGCAAUUUCACCAAGCCUAUCGAGCCGUGAAAGGAAUCGCUGCAAACGUCCAAAAUCAACAUCAUCAGCACCAUUUUCAUCCUGCAUCAUCAUUCCGUGCACCUGUGUGUAUGUGUGCGGGCGUCCCCACGCUGUCUGAACGCCCCCUUCCCCCACUCCUCCCCUUUUAAAAGGACCUUUCUUCGAAGCUCGAAGCGUCAAACCGGAAAGCACCCGAAGACCUUUCGUGUGCGUGUGCGGGUGUGUGUGUGUGUGAGUGUGGAUGCUUCAAGUAAACAGACGUGCCACGAAGGCCACGAAGAUCCGUCCCGGAAGAUUCGGAUCGUAUAAAGGAGAUGGUCCGCAGCAUAACCCUCCGCACCGUAUCACACCGCGCCCCGCCCCAAACGGUGGCAUCGCCGCACCGCUUUUGCCGUCCAUCCGUCAGUUUCUUCCUUGCCUGAUCGGCUGCUAAAAUCAGCUCGUGCGCAUCGCCUUCGCCAUCCUUUCGGUUCGGGUUUUCGGGGCCUGUGAAGCAUAUUUCAUAAAUCCAACAAGUGUGUUUUUCCCGUUUUUGUUACGCCCCCCCGGGGGGGGAAAACGACCCCGGUUUACGGGAGGUUUUGGUGGUAAAGUGUAGCAGUGUGAACCAACAACCAAACGUAAAAGUAGGAAUUACCAAAAACGGUGCUACACAGUCCGGGACGGGGGUGUGAGUUUAGUCGAGUUUUGUUUGAAGGAAGAAAACGAAACACACCACCACGUUAGUGUAUGUGUGCGUGACGAGGAUACGAUUCCUUUUUUCCUUGGGUGUUGUUUUGGUUGAUCGAUGUAUGGACGUACUGCUUUCGGUCGCGCACUCAAGACAUCAAGACGGUCCUGCGAGGGUGCAAAUGAGACGGAAAAUCUGAACAAGUGAACAACGAAAAAGGAAAUGCUUUUGAACGGUUAUUUUUGCGCCAAAAAUUCAAAUUAAACAGUAAGCAAUUGGGAGAAUACGUGAUUGUAAAACAUGGUGAUUCGAAAUUGAUAAGCAAUAUAGAUGUGUUGAAGUAGCCGAAAAAAAAGUAUCACAAAAAACGAAGCUUUUUUAACAUCACAAAACUCUGGUUUAAUUAAAUACAAUAACAAAUCGGCUGCAAUGAAAAUACAAAUGAACUAAAUGAAACCGCAUCGCUACGUUUGAAGAACGAUCGAUUUGAAAUCUGUAUUCCAUCCAAACAAAAACGAAAACAACACAGCUUAAGCCAAACCAACCAUGCCUCGCUGUUACAUCGUGAAAAAGCAACAUCCUCCGGCAAUGCCGGCGUACCGGAACCGAACGACGGUGGUAACAGCCACCGGUGGUACCGGCAACCAUCAGCAGCCACAGCACCAACAUCAAACGGCCACGAGACAGGUGCUGGUGGUCAACGGGAAAACGCUCAAGGAGCAGAGUGAACCGCACCGUCCCGGGGUGGCCCGGUCGGGCGGGCGAAGCGUUGGGUUGGGUGGUGGUAGCAGUGCCUUGGGAAAUGUUAUUGUGAAAAAUGGAAAAGAGCCAACGGGUGGCAACAAUCUCGUGCUGCUGAACAGUGUAAGUGUCAUUAGCGGUGGCCCAACCGGUACCGGUGGUACGAUGCUGGAGGGAAUCAAGCACGAGGCCGGCAAUGGUGGAAAGGCGGAAAGUGUGGGCAGUGUUAGCUUUACGCUGGCGAAUGGCACUGGUGGCGGCGGUGCCGGGAUUGUACAGCGGAAGGACGAUUCGAGUGGCCCGGUCAGUCCGACCGAGGGCUGCGUUGCGCCGAUCUAUUACACCAACAUUUCGGAAAGCAAGAGUGGUUUUACCAUACCUCUCAGCGACUUCCGGACAUUCAAAUGUGGGCCAAACAGCAACAGCAACACCAAUAUAAUCAAUGUGAAGACCAACUCCUCCCGGCAUCUGUCGGUAAGUGCUUCCUCUAGCGCCGGCAACCACCCGGACGCAAGCCCCACUGCACCGGGGCCGAUCGUAACGAUUCGUGCGGCAGCCUCCUCCGGUCACGGUGCUGGCACCACCUUCGUCACCAGCGGCCAGCAGCAAGUGCUGCUCGCAUCGAUAGGCGCAAAAUCUGGCCGUAAUAAUCCUAAUUAUGGCAUCAGCAGUAACAAUAAUGGGCCCAAUCGCCGCGAUGGCACCGGGGUCGAACUGCUGGCCAGCACAACUCCGUCACCAGCGAGCUGUUCCGCUGCGAACGGAACGACAACUGCGCCGACGACGAUGGCUACGCUAAUUUAUGCCGAAGCAACCCCCGUUGCGCCGAUUGUAGCGGCGGCCGCUGCAGCUCAAGUGUCCGAUAAGCGGCAAGAUAAAUCAUCGCUCGUUUCAUCGUACCACAAGUCCGUAACGGCGGCUACAACAACAGGUCGACAACAGCCAUCGUUGCUACUGCAGGCCCAACCCGCCAACGGUACGCAUCACCCUGCUCAGCAACAGCAUCGUCGGGAGCAACAGUCAAGUACCGCCAUUUUCCAGCCACAGCAAAUACCGGCACCACCCCCAACACAGCCCGACCCAUCCACCGGGUACGAUACCACGGCGGCCAUAUUUCGCGAUCGCAGCAUAGAAGAAACGGAAGCCGCACAUGAUUUAUUGUCACUGUCGCAGAGCUUACCGCCCCUGACAGCGCCGUGCGUCGUCACGAUCCUACAUCCUUCGGGUACUUCUGCGUCCACGGAUCCGCUGCCACUGCCGGACCCGGCCAGUCCCGUACUGCGCCCCAACAACCUAACCAAUGGAGCACAAAAUCAUCAGCACCAGCCGAAUACCGUCGGCCAGGGCGGUAUCAUCAGCAUCGUGGAGGCGGCAUCGGCAGCUAAUUACCAGUGUCCGCCCGGAUCGGGUCCAAUCUCGAUGAUAAUACCCUGCUACGAGCUAACGGCAACGAUGUCCACCUCGGCUCACAGCGAUGGUGAAAGCGCAACAACGAUAAAAACCAUCUCACCACCACCAACCGGUCCGCUGACGCCUCCGACGUCCGAACACUCGUCCGACACGGAAUGCUCCGGAAGUUCCGUUUCGCCCGGUACCUCCUCGUCGUCUUCGUCCUGCUCAUCCUCGAGCGUGUUCUCCUUCGUACACUCAAGUUCCUCGUCAAUCUCUUCCAAGUAUUCACCAUCACGCUCAUCAAACGGUACUCCCCCGGCAACGGAGAGUGUCAACUGUACGCCGUCGACCGGCCGUCGAGCGAGUCGUCGACCACAGCCAUCAACCAGCAGCUCCGUCACAUCGGUGAUUGUCAAUGGUUCAACACUUUCGGCGAACACAACGGCAUCGUCUACAGUGACUCGCAAGCACAAAUCUUCCACACCCGCUUCGGGCCAACCAGCGGCCAAAGCUCCUGUACUGUCGAGUUCCAGCGCUAAGGUUGUUGUGGCCGUACCUGGGCAGAAGAUCUCCAGCAGUAAGGCGGCUGAGCUGUACACCUAUGAUGAUCUUAUCUCUAGCGAUGGACGAUCGAAAAAUCGUAAGAAGGCUUCCAAGGAUACUGUCCAAGCUCAGGCAGCAGCAGGAACUGUGUCCACAACAAAUUCCCCCAAACCGGGACACUGUCCUCCAGCGGCUUCGAAAGCGGACGAUCAGCCCACGGCUGACUGUGACUCGGCCGGAGAGUCUCCGAGUGCUCCGAACGGUAGUUCCAAUGGAAAAGGCAAGUACAAGUGUCCCGAGUGCGGUAAGCAGUACGCCACUUCCAGUAAUCUCUCGCGCCACAAGCAAACUCAUCGAAGUUUGGACUCACAGUCGGCUAAAAAGUGUGUCACCUGUGGCAAGGCGUAUGUUUCCAUGCCGGCCCUGGCAAUGCAUCUGCUAACGCACAAGCUAUCGCACAGCUGUGGCGUCUGUGGCAAGCUAUUCUCACGACCCUGGCUUUUGCAGGGCCAUUUACGGUCACACACGGGCGAAAAACCAUAUGGUUGCGGUCACUGCGGUAAGGCGUUUGCCGAUCGAUCGAACUUGCGAGCGCACAUGCAGACACACUCCACGGACAAGAACUUCGAGUGCAACCGGUGUCACAAAACGUUCGCACUCAAGUCGUACCUCAACAAACAUCUCGAGUCGGCCUGCUACAAAGAUGACGAUCCGAACGGGAAUACAUCCGGUGGUGGAGAGAACUCUCCGAUCACGAUGAUCGGUGGACGGAAGAUCUUCCACAGCAGUCAGGAUAUCGAUCGUGAUGAGUAUGCGAUGCGAAUGGCGAGCGGUAGACAGAACUUUCACAACGAUGACAGCUGCUCUACCACCACGAUCGAUGUGGUAACGGCCGAUCCGGGAGAUGACGACGAUGAAGAAGAUAUCGAUAUCAUAACGACGUAAUGGACGUCACCGUCAAUGUUACGGACACUAUCAGCUUUGUGUGCAUGAAGUUCCUUUUCCCAAACCUUAUCUUCUGGAAAUAUUUUUUAAAUUACCCUUUUUUAUUUCACUAUUCGUCUUCUUCGAUAACAGUUCGUCUUCCAUGUUUUAUAUUUAUGUUCUUCUUUAUGUUUCAUACCCUCUCACAAAAACGUAACCUGACCCACAGGAAACAGACUCAAAACCCAAACCAUCAACCCUCCAAAUUACUGUCAUCCGUACCUCGGAUCGGAAAACUCGUACCGGAAAUAUCAGAACUCGUUUCCUCGCGCCGGGUCGUCUUCAAUUUCCCUGCUCUACGGUAUACUCUUAACGCGCAAAAAUAUCUCUCCGGCCUCGUGGCCACAGGAAAUUGACAGAAAUCUAAAAUUGCUGCUCAACACAAACUUCUCCUUCUGCGUUAGUAGCUGCGAGACAGGUGUGAAAAAUUAAACGUUUCCACGUGCUGUGGCUGGAGUUGAUUCGGUGGCAAAAAGCGGAAAUUAGUUGGAUUUUCAAAUCCGGCUCACUUGCCAACUGGUUUGGUUUUGAUACAUGGAGGAAUGGAAAUUUAAUAUCGUGUGGUACAUGAACAAGAGCCCAGGUCCAUAACCUUGAGUAAUGGAUGCCUUUCAUUUUGAUACCGGGUCUAGUACACAGAUAUCUGUUUACAUAAAUAGGUCAAGUACUUCCGUUGCGUCUUCAAUCGCUGGUACAACAAAGUUUUCCAUCUGCCUGUGAUGAUGGCUUUUUGGUCCGGUGUUACUAUAGAAUCUCCUACAAACUAAUCAACCAAACGAAAGACUCGAAAAUUUGAAUAACUUAGUUCUAAUUUACAACAAAUUGAAGAAUUUGCAUGGAAUGCCGUGAGAGAAAGGGAGAUCAUUUUCAUUUUCGUAUGGCACAGGGUACCAACAAGGAAAAAAAACCCUUUCCACCAUUCACCAUUUUACCCAAAAAGCGCACAAGAAUGACAUUCCAUUUGCGAACGAAGCGCGCUCACACUUUUCGACAACCACCGGUAAGGACCUCCGGUAAGGUGCUCCGGAACCGGGGACAGAAGCGCACAUUGAUGAAAAGUAAUUUCGAAAGAAAAUAAAUUACUUUUAAAUGAUGACUCAUUGCCGUUUGGUAGCUCCGAUACGCGGAACGCCCCCCCGAAUUCGAGGAACGCAGGACGCCGUAUAUCGCAAACCGUUGCGCACCGGAAGCGGACGCUACCGGUGCUCAAUUUGGUGGCAAAAGGUGGGUGAUUUGUCCUCCGGUAGCUCCAGCUAGAAGACGUUCAUUAAACGAGGGUUUCGGUAUUUUUCUACCAGUUUUUUUUUUUGCUUCCUUCGCUACGCGCAAUAGCUACACAAAUAUUUUGCACCGCAUCACCUAUUUGCCAACAAAACAACGAACCCCCAAGCAAGCGGCAAGUUAAGUUGAGCGGAAUGGCAAACAACUAGUUCGGUGCGUUACCCGCUAGAGGGAGGGCGUACGAUUUAUCGAAGAACGCUUCCUUUCGGGCGCACUUCCGAGAACAAAACCAAAACCGCGUACCGAAACAUCCUCACUCGUUACAAAGUAGCAAACAACGGUACGAGAGAGAAAAAAAACCGAGCUUUUCACCGGAACUAGCACCGUCUAGUCUGACGCCGCCUCGAGAACUUGCUCGUCCCAGCUUGGACGGAACGGUUGGAGCGGUGACAUUCUAAACUAGCUCGCUUCCUCCACCUCGCACACAUUCCUUCUCUCGAUGAUGGUAAUGAUGAUGAUGAUAAGGAUGAAAAUGGCGCAACAGGAUGUACCAUUCACCCAUCGUUGCGAGAAAGCAAAGUCCGCUUAGUUUUCCACGCUUCCAAGCGCCAGUGUAUUUGACAACAUUGGACGUAACGAGCGGCUGCUUCAGUAACACCAGCCAGCCAGUUUAUUAAUGGAUCCACCCAUUCGUGGCGUCCUUUGUAUGGGACCACCGUUCACGUUCCGGGAAGAUAGACGCUCCACACGGUGGAAUGAAUCCUCUCAAAUGUUUUCCAUCAAAGAAUGGUUUAGUUUGGUUUCCGUUUUUGUGACGGAGGUACCGCUUUUUUUCUUGAUGUCUCUUGCCUCCAUCAGACUCCAAAACCCCUCAAUUCGUCCCGAACUCACCCAAAAAACACGAUACGAUCCUGGCCCUAUCUAUCGAUCUUGCGACAGUCAAUUUCGUUUGAAAAAUUGCGUUAUUGGAAAUUGAUGACUUCUCGGCCGGCAAAUGACAACCGGAAUUUGUUUUCGCGCGGUAACGCGGAUUGAGGUUGCGUCAUUGUGUUUGUGCGAGUUUAUUUUUUUCGCUGUGCUAUGCGUACGAUAGUAGUCACAAGGCACAAUUCUCCAAAUGGUGACGAUUUGAAAAGGUGACAAUUUUCUGUAAGUAAUCAGCAGAUUGAAGCUACUUAAUCAAGUGCUGAUGCUUAUAUUUCCUUCUAGAAAAGACAGAAUAAAAAGUUCCUUGUAAUAGGAAAUAAACAAUAUUUCCGUUGAAAUCUUUCUGAAACAGUUCUGAAACCACAAAAAUGUGCGACCAAUUUUUAACGAUGGUCAAAUCAUCACCCAGCAAAAGCAUAAAAAUUCAUAACAUGUAGACAACGGGUCGGGAAACGUGUGACCUAAAAAACAACCCACAUUGGACCACGCUGAAGUUCCCGCCUCGUAAUGACACUUUCCAUCAAUCUUCACUACUUUACGUCAAACAUUUGGUACGGAGUGGUUCGAACAAAAAAAAAAAUCACAACCUUCAAAACAGAGCGAGAUGAAAGAUGUCACACCAUUUUCGAAACCGAUCAAAAUACACUCCAGGACGCCAAUAUCUAACGCUCCGAUCGUGUUGCUCAUGGUACAUGGUCUAGCAUGCGAAACGAUCGCCGAGGUUAAAGGUUUGCUCUACCCGUAACAAAAAAAAUCACCCACAGCUCACUCAAAACGCUAUCAUUUCCACUCGCUUCCGGUGUAUCCACGGCUUCCAGCCUACGGAACAGUAACUAUCUGGUCCGUACCAUCGUCAAACCUUCCAGCGGUAAAAUCAUUAUCAAUCUUCAUUACCAACGAACGGGAACCCUUAGGUACUCGUCAUUUCAAAACACUUUUCAUUUUUGUUUCGCUUUUUUAAAACCCCUUUCCAGAGCAGUAAAAGCAAAAGCAAAAAAACACAUCUUCCCUAAACAAACAUCAAACUGAUUUUAAUAAACCUUCUUCAUCGGCGUCAUUUUCCCGCGCGAAGUACAAAUCACGUGGAGCAAUCACGCUAAGGCACACGUCAAAACUGACCACAUGCAAAAUGGAAGGCAUACAAAAAAACGAGAGGAAAAAAUUGUGUUUUGCUAUCGCAAAUGUCAAUUAUUUUAUAGAAAGUAUUCCACCUUCUUUUUUAAAUACCCAUCCCCUAAUCACACAACCAAACACAUCGGUUGAUAAAGCGAUAGCGAACUUUUUGCGUAGCAAAAAAAACUGAUAAAGUGAACAAACAACAAAACCAAACGAGAAAAAUACUAAUAACGAACCGAAAUGUCAAAAUGACAGAUCGCAAAUCGGAAACCAGAACGGUAGCUAAAUGGAACCAGCAUGGCGGCAUUGUGAAAAUUGUGCAAAACGGUGAUUCGAUUUCCGUGCAAUAUAGUGUAAUGAUAAGUUCAUGCAGACAGGGCAAAAUGGGUACAGGACCUUGGCCAAACAAAAAAAAAACACUCACAACAAAAUUUGAAUGAAAAGCAAUACCCAGCCACAUACCGCUGUGGCUGAAACAAAAAAAGGUUGUUAAAUUUGAAACAAAAACGAAAGGAAAUACAAAAACAAACUAUCUAUUAUCAAUUUCUGACAUCAAUUGGAGUCCCCGCGAGGGCGGGAGGGAGAGCCUGGUGGAGGCUAAAGGCAAAGACAGAAAACUCAUUCUUCCAUAAAGUAGCGUUUGCUGAACUUUUCUACUAGAGAGAGAGAUACAGAGAGCGAGAGCGAAAACGUUAAAAAGAAAUACUUAUACUAUAGAUUUAUUUAGCGUAUUUAGAACGUAGGAAAAACAAACUAAACAAAUUACUGCACUAGGCUGUAUCUACGAUUCGAACAAAAAAAGGAGUUUGCUUUACGUUUUUUGAGAUAAAAAAAAAUUACACCGCUUCAACGGUAACCGCCCGUUAGAUUGUUAUUCGCAAUUAGCGUUUCGCUUCGGUUUAGCAAAAUUAAAUUAAAAAACUCUUUUCCCUACUAUUGCAGCUCUUCUUCAUAAAUAGCAGAACAAAAAAACGGACGAUAGAUGGUAGUAUCGAGCGUGUGCAAUACAAUUCGUAAUGAGUAGCAAUUGUAAGCAGCCACGUUUAAGGAUUAAGAUAAUAAGUAACAGUAACGCAAAACAUGCAAAACAACCAGAGUGAUCAAAACGAUAUGAGAGAAAAUUCUGCAAACGAUAUACAGAUGCGAAAUUAUAUAUACACUUAUUUUAAGUAAGCAAUAUAUGAUAUAAGCGAAAUAAGCGUAAGCGUAACAGCAGAAGUUAAGUACUCCUAAAUAGUAAAAAAAAACAAAGCAGUACCGCAUAGCGUACCGAAAUUUGAAAGCAAUCUAUAAAACAUGAAAGUGGUAUAAACAAACACUCAACUUACACAUACAAUGAUUGAAAUGUAUAAGCAAUACCUAAUGAAAACCAAUCAAGCAACGAAAACAAAACAACUGAAUAAUGCAGCGUUAAUGAGUCCAUUACUGCUGCAAAACUGUACAGCAGCAGCACAGUGACUGUACAAACACCUGCACGUGUACCCCUGGACCAUCCAAAUCAAAACGAAACCGAGAACGGCAGUGUGUAAGAAACCCCCAAAAUCCCAACCCUCUCGCAAAAUGAGUCCUACAAACACCAAUGCAAUGGCGCCGUUGGGGAUGGGAAUGUUUUAAACACGAAACAAUGCUAAAACAAACAAAAGAAACAAACAAAAAAAACGGCACUAGAUUUGCCUGCACAUUGUGCACAAUUUCGCUUUAAUGCUAGAGAAAAUGCAAGUGAAGCAUGAAACGGUAACGCUUUGCGGAAUUAGGCGAAAGCAGUGAUUUUGUGAGUGCUAGUCCGUAGUAUUUAAGCUGUAGAUAAUUUUCAUCACAAUAAGUAGUCGUACUUACAGCUUAACACAGCUGAACAUGAAUAAGCAAUAGCAUCACGAUCGUCGGGGGCGCCGAUGCGUCGUGAAACGUGAGGUAGCUCGUAUUGGUUUUGUGAUGUAUGCAAUGUGAGUCAAUGGGAGGAAAAAUAGUACGAGAAAACCCAUCAUUUGGAUGAUAUAUUUGAGUAUGUGUAUGUAUAAUGGUUUUGAAUGUUCGACAAAGAUUUGACAGUUUAUACAAUUGUGCUUCGGUGAUCGUACAAUUGGUGAGUGUUAUGCAUUAAUUCGUUUCAAUAGUCUACUAGUUACAAAUUUAGUACAUCGUCUCCUUGACAGCUAACCUGUCAAUUGGAUUUAAAUUUCGUACGCCUGAAACUAUGCAAUAACUUGUUAAUCUCUCCAUUUAAAAACGAAAGUAAACAUUUUGAUUGCAUAAUUUUAGGCGCCAUUAACCCAAAACUCAAUUGAUUAAAACUAUGAUCAUACAAUUUGUUUUCCUUUACUUUAUUUAAUUUUUAUUAUUUCUUUAAAACUGAUCUAAAUGCCAGUGAUCAGUAAUACUAAUUAUUGUCAUCUUGCCUAUCAUUUUCAGCAUCUUAAAACUAUAAUCAAAAUGAGACAUAAACGCAUUUGAAAUGGUAAACAGUCUUAUCAGCUGUAUUAUUUAUUUUUCAUGCUUCAAUUCGCGCACGACUGUUUUGUAGUGCAAAUGGAACCAAAAUGUGGAUAGUAUGUUACGAUCAAUUAGUAAACGAACGUCCAUCAACGUUCACGCAAACAGCCACAAAUUUACAAUUGCUCUAUCCCGCUUCCCCUUCCCAUCCCACCAAUCGAGACAUAACACACACACACCGGACCACCGACGGGCGACUAAUGAGCCCGUUGUUGCAUUUCGAUGGAAUGCAGUCCCCUGCAUCGUCAAACUGCACCGGACAGACGGUUGAGUGUAUUUUAAUUCAAUCACACUCCAUUUCCCGACUUCCUUCCGGGCGCGCGCAAACGGCGUGACCACGGCGGGGGAAUUGUCACGGGACAAACGCGCUACAAAUUCCAGCCAUCGCACUAGCACUUUUCACACACGACAUACAGCGCGCGUAAUGACAAAUGAUUCGCUUCAAGCCGAACCUGUAAUUGCAACCGCACACGCAACACAUGCAAUAAAUUUGUCCACUGUCCACGCUUACGGUGGGCUGCACGUUUUGAUGCAAGUAAGUGCGUAAUGUAAGUAGUUGUUCGUUCAUUAAUUAAAACACACUUUGGCCCGAAGGUGUCCAAACAGUGCUACUAACAUCUACACUGCUUCUACUCGAGUUGUUAGUCCUUUUUCCGACACAAUACUACGAGUCAGAUCUGGUUUAACUUCAAACAAAAACAAACCCCCCCGGUCCAUGCAUGUGAAACCCAAACCCAAAGGCAACGAAAUAAAAUGCAAUCAAGAUCUCUUUAAAACACUUCCAACACACAUCCUUAACGUUGUGUCACUGACAGAUGAUAAAUGUUGCUAUCACUCCCAUUAUCGCCUGACCGAUAAGAUUAACUUCCAUCGCAUCCGGUUCGACGGUGGGAAGUCACGAUGGGAAGUCUCGAUUGAUUGGCCGGUUUGAAGGAAGUCAAUUCACUUACCCGGUUCGGCACGAUCGUCCCUUGUUUCGUGCAAAUAUAUACGAAGUUCCACUAGAAAGAGUACAAAAAAACACCCCACCAAGAAGGACGCUUAGGGGCUGUACCGAAAUCAAUCUCAUCCUUCCUAACGCGAUGAUCACUUUACGACAAACCAACCAAAAAAAAAACAAGCAAAUCCAACUCAAAAUUAUACCCACUAAUGGGGAUGAAGACAAUGGAUGGGAUUU